AUGAAGAUCUAUUGCUGUUUCCUCCAGUAUUUUCCUUUACUUUUGGUGUUCGUAUGCAAAACUAUUGAUGGAUCUGAAUGGAAUAUUCGAUGUCGUUUCGAUGGAAGGAAUGAUAAUAAAUUUUGGAUAGGUGAAACAAUAUCUGGUUUUGUUGAUUUUAUUCAAACAGAUUCUUCUGUUAUAAAAUUGCGAAGCAUUAAUGCUGAAUUAAUUGGUGAACUUAUUUUAGAUGAAGAUGAAGGAAAUCGGGAUAGUGAAGGAAGCAAAAAGUCACAAAAAGAAAUAUUUUUUCAACAGAAAAUUCUUGUUCAUCCGCUUAACAAAACCGGCACAUUUCGAGUUCCAUAUGGCACACACAGUUGGCCAUUUCAUUUUCAACUGGCAAAAGAUUUACCACCAUCGCUUCAUCCAAACAGCACUAACAUAUUACAGUUGGACACUGACAUGUUACAGAUGAACACUGGCAUAUUACAGUUGGACACUGACACAUUAAGCUUUAAUUAUUUUGUUCGUUUUACAUUUGUUCGUCCUGAAUGGUAUAGAUUCAAUGUUGAGAAAAAGUUUCCUAUUGUCGUUCAACAACCAACAACAUUUUUACCAGCAAUUAAACUUCAAAUGGAAAAAGCGAGUCGCAGUGGUGUUCGUCUUCGUGUCACUCUUAACAACAGUAUUGUCUUCGCCCAGAAUAAUCUUUCAUUUAAUAUUGAUUUGGAUAAUCCAAAAGGAGCCUUCAUACAUCAUAUAACAGUUCAUUUUAUUCAAUAUAUUAAAACAUACUCUGGUAAAAGAGCAAACGAUAUUAUCAAAAUAGAACUAGACGGAAUCCGUAACCGAAAAGAUAAACAUAUUAAUGAAAAUUUUCAAUUAAAUAUACCAUUAAUAAUUACAUCGUUCUGUAAAAAUGGUACUCGUAUAUUUUAUUCUCUGCAUGUUGAAGUUCAUCUUCGUGGAAUAUUUACUAAUAUUCGACUUGAAGUUCCAAUUAUACUUAAACGUGGCGAAUUAAAUCUAGAAAAUAUUAAUCGGAAUCGCAGUGUAUAUUUCAAUUAUUGUAAUUCAAUAGACGCAACCCCUCCCCCGUGUAUCAGAAUGCCAGAAGACAUGCAACAAUUGCCUAACUAA